UCCAUCGAACAUUCCUCGCACUCCACGCCUCGAACUUCGACGCGACUAUCGUUAAAACUUCUUCUUCUUCUCCUUUAUCUUAAUCAGGGCCUCACUCGUUCGGCCGGGAUUUCGUGUAUGGGAUUUAAAGGAAGAAGGAUUUAAAGGUGAGUGAGUGGUGGCGUUGUCUGGUCGACUUUUUGCGGUGUGUGCACUGUGCAUUGUGCUGAUUGGGAUUGGGACGAACGAACAGGGGCCACAGCUUCAACACCAAAGCAAAGCAUCCUUUGAACAUCUCUCAUUCACGACACGACACGAUACGACUUCUCUUAAUCUACCUCUCACGAAACAAUAAAUACACUCGCUAUUUCCCAACUCCUAAUAUCCCGGCAUUUUUUUAUUCCCGGGUUGUUGAUUUUUGGAUUGGAGGAUUUCGAUCUCGGGUACGUGAAAAAGGGGGUAAACAACAGUAUAAUACGACGAGGUAGACGGAUUUUGCACGGGAAAUUCAGGAUGAGGGCUACGCAACAUAUGCAGAUUUAUUCGGUGCUGCUGCUGUGUUUGUUUUCGACGUUUUCGGCGGCUUGGCCUUGGCCGAAAUGGUUACCUGAGUUGGAUUCUUUGGUGGUGAGGCAGGAUAAUAAUGAGAAUUCAUCAUCCGCCAAACCAACACAAACACAAUCCACCAACUCUCCCAAGGAAACGGGCUCCAACAGCAAUGCAGACACCACCCCAACAGGUUCCCAAACCGGUUCUCAGACUGGCUCCAAAACCGGCACCAUAACAGGCAAACCCAGCACCGGCUCAAGCAAGAAAACCUCCUCCGCAACCCGCAAAACCUCCUACGACGCCCGCCUACCCGCCGGAGGCAUCUCCCUCAUCACCCCCAACGCACAAACCACAUCCUACUACAAGAUCGGCGACCACGUCACCUUCGCCUGGAACUACACCUCCCUCUCCGCCACGCCCACCGCCAUCAACAUCCUCGCCUCCUGCUCCGCAAACUCCCAGACCUACACCCUCGCCAUGAACCAGACCAUCACCAACGCCACGGGGGCCCUGACCUGGGAUACGGGCGCGUAUCAGGCUACAGCUGUGCAGAACCCUUUGCUCACACAGACGUAUACCUUGAUCAUCUAUGAUGCCGAUUCGAGCGUUAGCGCGGCCGCUGCGGCGGGGUAUCUCGCGACGUUUAAUAGCUACCAGUUUGGCAUGUAUGUCCCGCAGGCGUAUACACCGCUGGCGGACUUCGUGUGUGCGACUUGUAGUGGGGCGUUGGGGGAUAUGGAACGUAGGGCGCUGGGGAUGAUGCUCGGGAUGGGGGUGUUGACUUUGUUGAGCUUUACGUGGUUUGUUGGUGGGGCGGGGGUUAUUUGGUAGGAGACUCGGAGAUGGUACAUAAAACUCUGGAUGAUUGAGGGUGUGGACGUGGAGUGAAGUUUGAGGUUUUGGAUGGAUGUCUAGAUCGUCGAAUGGAGGAUACUGAAUACUGAAUACCGGGACUGGAGGGGAGAGGAGGGGUCUGAAUCAUGCACAAAAAAGAAAGAAAGAAAGAAAGAAAGAAACACACUCCUUUUCGGGUCGAUACUAGGGUGGUUGGAUAUCGGAUAUCGGAUAUCGGAUAUUUGGAAAAACUAUCGGUGUUUUAUGGUUCAGGUUUUUUAUGCAAUUUUGAUCAUCAUGAUGAAUUUUGUUUGUUUUGUUUUGUUUUGUUUGUUUGAUUUGUUUGAUUCGAUUGAUUGUAUUGUAUUAUGAAGUGUGAGGGUUGAUUUGCAUAGAUAGCGGAGGGGGUACAUUGACAGGAUAGGAUAGGAUAGGAUAUAGUCAAACUACGAAUAUGUAAUGGCUUGGACUAAGGUAGUAAUCAAAAUUCAAAAUCAAAUCACAAUAAACAAAAAU